AUGGGCUCCAUCGGAAACGAACAAUGCCUACUACCAGAAUGUGUGCAAUCCAUGCAUGCUCCCUCGGUCAUGCAGGAGGAGAUGAUAUUAUCUACAGUCGCUGAUCCUUCCCAUGAAUCCUAUUUUGAAACCUACCAUUUCCGCGCUCCCGGGAUCCUGAGCCCAGGCCAGCUCAAUCGAGCAAUUCACGCAGUGGCAAGGAAGCAUGCGGUACUGCGAUCUGUCUUUGUUCAUGAAAGGCCAUCGUCAACAAAUGUACAAAUUGUGGUGCUGGAUGAGGCAUACGCCCUCCAACGAGCGAGGCUACUAAGCCUGGAGCCGAUCGAUGAGGGGAAUCGUUUCGGUAUUCUUCAACUUGAAGCCAUAGGAACAGAUGGCUGGGAUGGAGCUAUGCCGUGGAAGUUUUCAUUGACUGUUUGUCAGCAAGAGCAAGAGUCUUACAUUACCCUGCUAUACCAUCAUGCACUACUUGACGGUUGGUCCGCGAGGGCUCUUCUACAUCUGGUUCAGGAGGAGAUGCAGAUCCCCGGAGCUGCUUUAAAGGGGUCUGACUUUUUCUCUUUAGCACGACAGCUGCUGGAGCACGAUUGGCAGCAGGAUGAGACACUACUCCGCGAGCGACUGGGGCAGAUUGAGGCAUCGCCCAUACUCAGCCCUGGACCAGUUCGGAAUGGUCAUCUACGAGUGGGGGAGGUGACCCGUAAAGUUUCUAUGACUUCUGAUAUCAGUUUACCGGAUCGACCAGCUUUUCCUGCACGGUUUGUUCGGCUCGCUCUUGCAAUGACGAUGUGUGUUUUUAGGAAUAGUGAUCACGCCUUGUUCCUGGAAAUUACUUCCGCUCGAAGCCGACUCUUUGCUCUGGACCAAGACGUAAUGGGGCCGGUAUUGGUCCCCCAAGUGCGAAAUAUUUACUUGAAGGAAAAGACGAAGCUCGGAGAGUGUGCGCAGCAACUGCGGUCAUCCCACGACCCCCAACAUAACCUCAGUGUUGGCCAGCUGAAGUCUUUUCUACCCGAGAGCAGCAGGAACCUUGACGUCUGUCUGGUCUGCCAAACGAAUCAAUCGUAUCCUUCGAAUGGUGUCGGAGACUGGGAGUGGACCGGGGGGAAAGCGCGGAACGACCUCCCCUUUAUUGUAGAGAUUUUACCCCCAAGGGAAGGAGAAUUCCUUGUCAAGAUACGAUACCACCAGCACCGGUUCGAAAAGGAUUUUGCAUACUCCUUUCUUGAGUUCCUUUGCCAAACCUUAACAUGGAUGCAAGCCACCGGCGAUAACAUUGAUCACCAGACAUUUGCCGCAGCUGUAUCGGAAAUAUGUCGAGAGGGGAAUUACAGACGGCAUUACCUGUCGUUGAGUUCUAGAGCCUUUACGGAUGACCCUGUUAGUGCGCACGACCUGAUUGAACAAGCUGCUAGCAAGUGGCCCAGCAAGAUCGCCUUGGAAGCGGAGCAUCGGCAGUUUAUGACAUACGCUGAGCUUUCUAACGCGAGUAGUAGGGUAGCCAAGGGUCUGCGGCACUGCUUUCCUUGUAACUCGCAAAACCAACCCCUUAUCCCCAUCUGUUUUGACAAAAGUGUAGAUAUGGUGGUUGCUAUUCUGGCAGUCCUCAAGGCUGGCGGUGCAUACGUGCCAUUAGAUCCUUCUCAGCCCAGGGAGCGGCUUGUAAGCAUACUAACCGCCUGCCAUGCCACUAUUGUCAUUGCAGGUCAGACAGACCUCCAGGAUAUUCUGCACUCAACAUGCAGUGAGCUAGGAAUCCUGGUAAAGUCUAUUGAGAGCCUUGCCGAGCAGGAUAAGUCCACCGCUCAAUCACCUGGGUCGGAGCAUCUGUCUCCAUCGUCUCUGGCAUAUGUACUAUUCACAUCCGGGUCUACAGGUGCUCCAAAAGGAGUCAUGGUGGAACACCGAAACCUCGUUGCAUUCAUGAAAGCUGGAGAGGGAAAUGCGGAUGGUACGUGGACAUCCACGCGACUGCAGCUGGCCGCGUACAGCUUUGAUGCAUCUAUUGGAGAUAUCUUCGCCAAUCUCUAUCGCGGUGGCCGUCUAGCCCUGGUGCAGCGCAACAAAAUGCUUUCGAAUUUGAAUGACUGUCUGGAGGAGCUGUUAGUUACUCAUCUUGCAUUGACUCCAACGAUUGGUGAUCUUAUCAUUCCGAAUGUACCUGCCCGGUUGCAGACACUUAUGUUUGGUGGCGAGCCUUUCCACCAGAGCUUUCUAGAGCAAGCCCCAGCAGAAGCACGAAUCUGGAAUACCUGUGGUCCUACCGAAACCGUUGUGGAUGUUGCCUGCUGCGUACUGCAGAAGGGGGAGACAGAUGUACCCAUUGGUCGACCCUUCGGCCAGUGCCAAAUAUAUAUAUUACAGCACGGAAGUAGCGAUACAGCUGUUCCUCCGAACGCGAUCGGAGAAAUAUGUGUCGCUGGCCCUCAGGUUUCACGUGGCUAUCUAGGGCGGCCCGAUCUGACCAGCCAUGUGUUUGUCAUAGACCCAUUUCGUCCAUCGCAAAGGAUGUAUCGCACUGGUGAUUUAGGACGCCUCAACCACCGAGGCAUGCUGGAACAUCUCGGCCGAGCAGAUGGCCAGGUCAAGCUCCGCGGACUGCGAGUGGAAACCGGCGAAGUCGAGGUGACAAUCCGGCAGUCCUCUUCUAUCAUUGUACAGAUAUCUGUCAGCGUCGACCAACUCGAAGGUUACGAUCGCGAGGCUCUCAUUGCAUGGCUAGUUCCAGAAGAUGGCAGAAGUGCGCAAGACAUCGAACUUGCGUGGAGGGAAGAGAUACUACCUGGUUGCCAACGGCGGUUGGUACCGUACAUGAUUCCAGAAGUGUGGAUCAUACUUCCACAUCUCCCCCUUACGAUUAGCGGCAAGCUGAACAGGGGCACUCUAUCUGCGUGGAUGAAAAGUAUUGCAACCGGCGGUACCCUUGAAGAUCUCCAUGUACUAGCGGCACCAUGGAAAACACGAGAAACAACAAAGAGACUGCCAACAAGCCCGGAAGAAAGGCUCAUCGUAGCAACUUGUGCGAACGUACUGGGCGCAAUGCCCCAUGGUGUAUCUCUUGACUCCACAUUUAUAUCUCUUGGUGGUAAUUCUCUUUUGGCCAUGCGUGUUUUGGCCGCAUUGCGACAAGAAGGGAUGGAUUGCUCCUUACGGCACCUGCUUGGCCCCAUGACUCUGGGUGAUGUAGCAAGGGCUAUAUGCCCCUCCAGUAGACCUGAAACGCAGAUGGCAAAGGUGCUUUAUCAUGAGGAUAGCUGGGAACGCAUCGUUGCUGAUUCCAACAUUGGCGUCGACAUGAUUGAGGCAAUUUAUCCAUGCACUCCCCAGCAAGAAGGCCUUAUCCAGGGCAGCCUUCACGGAGAUGGGUCCGCGUACUUUGCUACCAUUACCGUACAUCUAGGUAGUUCGACCAACCUGGACACGCUCCACGCCGCCUGGAAACGUUUGCUAUUUAAUUGCGACAUGUUGAGGACUGCCUUUGUAUCAUCCUCGGAAGUACACAGCCCGCCAGCCAGUGAGUCCAACAUCCUUCAGGUCGUUCUGAAACAGUCCGCCGAGGAUGUGAGACGGGUGGCUAGUCUCAAUAACAGAGAUAUUGCGUUCCAAUUCGGAUCAAUUCCGCUGUCAGCGGAAGUGAGCCCGGCGUCUGUCAAUGGGUCGUUCAACUUGCAGCUCAAGAUCCACCAUGCCUUAUAUGAUGAAGCAUUUCUCUCCAGGAUCAUAGCGGAGCUUUCCGUCAUAUACGAUGCACUGGGAACGGGAGGCCCAGAAGCUGCUUUGGCCCCCAGCCGGCCGUUCUCCGCAUUUGUGGCGUCCCUCUGCAAUGAUGAUCCAGAGGCGUCGAAGAAGUUCUGGAAGAACUACAUGCAAGACGUGGUUCCCACCACUUGGCCCGUUGCCAGUGGAGUUCGAAGAAUACGAGAAGAAGGAGAGCAAAAGGUACACGCAAGCGUCUCGAAAACAUGGACCGCAAAUGCCAUUGCGUUGGGGCAGAGUAUCCAAGUAACCCCUGCAUCGAUUGUACGUGCAGCAUUGGCUCUGGCCCUGGCACUGUAUUCUCAGACGGAUGAUGUGGUGUUUGGCGAAGUGUCCAGUGGCCGAUCCGAUCAUGAACAUUUUACCCUCGGGCCUUGCCUCGCCACACACCCUGUCCGCAUCCAGAUUGAUCGGAAAUCGUCGUCCUGGAUGCCAGAGGUUGUGGCUGAGGCCCUGAACUCAUAUCUAGCUACAAUGCCAUAUCAACAUUAUGGACUAGCCAAUAUCCACCGAGAGAUGGCAGAUCCAGACCUGAUGGCCUUCCAGGUUCUAUAUGCACACCAAGAGGCAUUUGCGGAGUAUAAGGUUGCUAAUCGUUUCCGCGUGGAGUCGGCUAGGUUGCAAGAUCUCGCAUUUCCCCUCCUACUAGAAUCAAGAUGCGAUAAAGAGACCGGUGAACUGGCUCUGGAAUGCACAUUUGACAAGCGAUACUUCGGUGAUCAGGACGUCUUCUGGUUUCUACGAUCUAUAUGUCGCACGCUUGACAUGCUCUCACUGGCUGCUGAGGAUAAAUUCACCGGACCAAGGCUCAUAACAGAUGUCGUGGAUGAGGAGAUGAGACGGGCUAUCGAGAAAUGGUCCACAAAGCAGACCCCAUUCCGCUCAACAUCCACGGGGAACGUGGCAGCCUGCGCCCACGAGCUCUUCGAUAUACAGGUGGCUUCCUCCCCACAGAAGAUCGCAAUUCAAGUGAACCAGUCUGAGUUCAUUACAUACAAGGAGCUGAAUAAGCGAUGUAACGAGCUGUCCAACGCGCUGGUGAACUGGUUAGGGAGCCUCGCGCCCGAGCAAUCACAAGGCCAACCGAUUGUCGGCCUCUGCUUCAACAAUCCCGUCGACAUGGUCAUUGCUAUGAUUGCUGCACUAAAGGCGGGUGCAGCAUAUCUGCCGAUAGACCAAAAUCACCCACAGCGUCGCAUCCAGCAAAUUCUCUCCUUAUCGGGUGCAACAGUGAUGCUGGGCGAUGGUGAACCUGGGGUGAUGGGAAAGCUUCAGGCCGCCAGCAGGCAGGGAAAACCUGUACUUCUUAGCAUUGACAGGCUUCUAGCUUUGCAUGAAGGGCAGACGAGGAAACCCGCGCUCAGGCCCACUCCGACAUCUCUGGCUUAUGUGAUCUUCACAUCUGGAUCUACGGGAAAACCAAAAGGAGUGAUGGUCGAACACGGCAACCUAGCGGCUUUCAUGCAAGCCAAUGAACCGGAGGCCGUAGGAACUUGGACUUCGGUACGGCUGCAGCUGGCAACGGCCACUUUCGACGCAGCAACAGGAGAAACCUUUGGCACGCUCGGAUGUGGCGGACGGCUGGUCAUCGGACAAACCCAUGAAGUACUCGCUGCCCUGCCGGACUGGCUAGAAAGAACCCAUAUAACGCACCUCUUUAUCACGCCUCGCGUAGCGGCAAACUUCCUGACCGGCAUUGACCCCCCGUACCUUCGUACCCUCCAUAUCGGCGGAGAAGCCUUUGACCCUAGCAUACUAUCGCAUUUGCCCCCUGGGUGUGAUGUGUAUAACGUGUUUGGUCCAACAGAAACCACAAUAUAUGCAACGCAUUAUAGAAUUCGCAAAGGAGAUGAGCAUCGUCGCAAUAUCCCGAUCGGCUAUCCCUUUGGCAGCUGUCGGCUAUACAUUCUCGACCCAGACACCUUAGAACGAGUCCCCGUCGGUGUGAUAGGAGAGAUUUGCAUAGGAGGACCUCAAGUGACAAGGGGCUACCAAGGUCGGCCAGACCUGACGUCUCGGUCUUUUCUUACUGACCCUCAUGCUGCCGGCCAGCGCUUGUACCGAAGUGGAGACCUUGGGCGGUUCUGUGGAGAUGGGUCAAUAGAACACCAUGGCCGAAUUGAUGGCCAGAUUAAGCUGCGUGGUUUACGAAUCGAAGUGUCUGAGAUAGAGUCAUUAUGCCUGGGGCAUACGAUAGUAACCGCCUGUGCGGUAAUUGUGCGAGACCGAGAUGAGGGUCAGGGCCUCAUUGCCUUUAUCCAAACUCGGAAGGACGACCAGACAAGCCCCUACUCACAGGACUGGGAGGAAACAGAGUCUAUACUGCAUCGUCAUCUCGAAAGCCGCCUACCAAGCUACAUGGUUCCCUCUCGUUUGGUUCCUAUCGAAGCCAUGCCCCUAACAACUAGCGGGAAGGUCGACCGACGAGAACUCGGCGCUCGAGCAGAGGCGAUGGACCGCGAAGGGAAAUUAUUUACCAGCCAGCAUACCAGUCACGCUCAAAACUGGGAGCAAGGUAGUAUUGAAGACAGAAUUGCUGACGCAUGGGUCCAGGUUCUUGGCAUUGACAAGGCAAACAUCGCCCCCAAUGUUGCAUUUUCUCGUCUUGGGGGUGAUUCGAUUCGCGCCAUUCGCCUGUUAUCGCUGCUCCGUAAGACUGGGCUGAAGGUCCAUAUGACUGAUGUGAGCAACGCAUCCACGAUCUGCUCACAGGCAAAGUGUGCGGCCUCCCACGCAAGUGCGGCCGGAACGACCGCGAAUGACGCAACGGACGUUGAUGCGGAUACCGAGCCGGUAGUACUAGGUCCCAUUGCUAGAAGAUAUGCUGGUGUCCAGCUGAAGUAUGCUGCCCAGCGAGGAGAACAGGUAAUAGAUCAUUUUAAUCAGUCGGUGCUGCUGGACGUGACCGGGGUCUCCCCCUUGCGGCUUCAGCUCGCCUUACAGCGUCUUCGUAAUCAUCACCAUGCUUUACGGGCAGUAGUUCACUGGAGCUUAGAUCUUCCCCUGGAGGAGUGGACAAUGAGGAUAAUUCCUUGUUCGGACAUGAAGCCGCUAGUCCUGGAUAGCCCGCAGACACUCACACUAGAAGCCCUAAGAGAUCAAAUCCAGCACCGCCUAGCUGGACUAGAUAUCCGCCGGGGUAAGGUGAUGGACGCCGUCCUCUAUUGCCUGGAUGGUGACAACCGUAUGUUCUUGUUUUGGACCGUCCAUCAUUUUGUGGUCGACAUUGUCUCCUGGCAAAUCCUUCGUGAGGAUCUGAGCCUCUUGAUACGGGCAAAGGAGGAAACGGAAUCUAUCACCUUGCAGCCUACCACGAUGAGCUUCCUCGCGUGGACACGGGAAGGCCAGAUGAAGUAUCAAGAUGGGUCGCUGACCGCAGGCAGUACUCCUGAGCCACCGGAAGACUCACUAUCGUCACUUGCUUCCGAUCGAUUGCCCCAGUGGAUUCGUCAACCGGGGCUGGUUCCAGUUCAAGUGAAUCGAAUCACAACCUUCGCUAGACUGGACCCAAGCACUACAGAGCUACUUCUUGGCCUUUCAAACAACGUAUUUUCGACGGAGCCUCUCGACCUGCUACUAGCGGGGUUAGCAAUGACGAUAUCCAAGCACUUUACAGGUGCCAUUAACCGCCUUUUGAUUGGAUUGGAAACCCAUGGUCGACAUACCGGAGCCAACACAGCCGAUCUCUCGCGAUCAGUAGGGUGGUUUACCGCAAUUAUACCUAUGAUACUUGACUGCGGGGCUGAGCCAUUGACUAUCGAGUCCAUGGUGCGUCGGGCUAAAGAUCGGCGCUGUCUUUUGAUGGAAAACGACAGAGGGUUUCGCCAGUUCGUAGCUUCCCGCUGGAGUACAUCCAAUACCCCCAAUAAUGAGAUUAUGCCACUGGUUUUCAAUUAUCAGGGGGUGAGACAGCAGCUUCAUGGUCAUGAUGAAAUGAUGCUACAUCCAGUCCAACUUCCAGGCUUACGCUGGAUGGAGACUUGUCCAUAUGCCGUGCCUCUGUCACAUGCAUCAUUUGAACUGUAUGUGCAUGAUGGGCAGGCCUAUAUUGAGGCCACAUGGCCGUGCGAUGGUACGGGAAAUGAGGAGGAUAUCGCCGCACUCUUGGGCCAGCAGAUAACAAACAUCUGUCAGUAUCUGGCCGAAAAGGAUCGCCUUGGCAAGACUUCAAUUAGUGCAUCGUCGACAUCGGCUUUCGGCUUUCUGCCAGCCGAUUGCUUCGAUCGUGUGUUUCACCUGUACACUGAAGAUACAGUCGAGGAUAUAAUUCUGUGUACCCCAAUGCAACGGGCUCUUCUUUACGAAGGUAUUGCCGAUCAUAAGUCGCGAUCGUAUGUUACCUGCCGUGUGUGGCGCAUCCCCACAGAUCAAUCAAUAUGCUCGCAGGUUGAGGGGGCUAUCAACAGCCUGAUACAGCAGCAUGGGAUACUGCGCACUGUUUUCCAUAUCGACCCAGAAGUAGGGCCGUUGGCUCUAGUGUUGCGUGGUACCCACACUCUUGCCACGAAAGCGAUUGGACAAAUAGAGGUGAAAGAUCCUGCCGAGUUGGAGGAGAUGGUCUCAAGCCUCAUAUGCAACCCCCACUAUGGAAACCCAAUGAGGCAAGCGUUCUACGUACGAGUAGUGCGUACCGCUGAUGGUUCCGCCGCAAAAUUAAUAUGGCUCCUACAUCAUGCCCUUAUUGACGCCUGGAGCCAAGAUCUUCUUCUCAAGGAGCUGACCCAGAUUCUUGUCAACGGUUGCCCGACCAAAUUGCCGAUUCCACAGCCGUCAUUCGGCUCAUUUGCUCGCUUUGUGGCUUCUGAUAUUCGUGCAAACCAUGGCCAUGACCAAUUCUGGUCGGAGACCUUGAAAGGGUUAGAGCCUCUGUCUCUCCCUCUCUCAUUGAUGUCUGCAAGGCCUAUGGAGGCCGAGGCGGUGGUCGUGGAGCAAGCCUGUAAUCUGACCAUUCUAUCGCAAAAUUGCAUAUCUCCUGCGGCACUGGUGUCACUGGCGUGGAGUCUUGUCCUCUCGGAGGUCCUUGACACCAAUGAUGUUACUCAUGGAAUGCUAUUCUCAGGGCGACAGGUUCCACUUGAUGGCGUGGCAGAUAUUAUCGGCCCCUGUAUCAGUACCGUCCCCAUUCGUACCCAGCUGAACCGACACGAUAGAGUCAUAGAUAUUCUGCAGUCGACGGAGGCUGCAAUUCGCUUGGCUAGCUUACACAGUAUGAUUGGCGUUGAUGGCGUGGCUCGAGCAGCCGGCUUGGAGGCCCCGGCCUUAGUGAACACCCUUCUUAAUUUCUUUGGUGUCCGAACAGACGUGCUAAAAAAUGAUGACUUGAAUUCAAUACUCGAACUAGACAGUGUUGACGAUGGACUGCCACCCUCCAUUACGCUAUCAUGCUGGCAGCGGGAGAUAGAGCCCAACGUUAUCGUCAUGCGUCUGGAGCGUCGACAUCCUCUGCAGACGGGAAUGGCGCAGUGUCUGAUGGAGCGCAUGGCCUGGUACUGCCAUACACUAUCACACCAAACAAAUAGCACACUUGACAGUGCCUUAGUGAUCACUCUCAAGGAAAACCAACUGCUUACGCAAUGGAGUGAGGCCGACAACUCGCGGCCAUCUGAUCCGUAUCCUUGCAUCCACGAUCUCAUCACAAGAAGGGCAGCAGAGAUCCCAGAAAAGGUGGCCAUUCAGCUCACAGAAUCACAGUUCGUUACAUACGGUGAGAUAGACCGGAAGUCCACGACCAUCGCUAGGGUGAUACAAGGGCUUAUUCAUCGACCGUUGGGGUUUACUCCGCCGUUGAUCCCAAUCUGCUGUGACCGAAGUGUGGAAAUGGUGAUCGCGAUUCUUGCCGUAUUGAAGGCUGGAGCAGCAUAUGUACCGCUGAAUAUCUCAGAUCCAGAGGGAAGACUAGAAGCUAUCCUGCGUCAAACUGAGUCUACGAUAAUCAUCGACGGCUUGCUUGGCAAUGAUAGCCGUCACAAACUUCAAGCGGUUGGUGACCGCACGUCGACCUCGGUGUACACGGUCGAUGGCCUCUCUACAAUGUCCCCCUCCGAGGCCCCCCUUCGUAAAGUCCAUUCUGAGUCGCUCGCGUACGUUCUGUUCACCUCCGGGUCCACGGGGGAGCCAAAGGGGGUGAUGAUCGAGCACCGCAAUCUUACAUCGUUCAUAACCACUCAACACAAACAGAUCAUUGGCAGGUGGACGAGUUGUCGUAUGCCAGUGGCUGCAUAUACAUUCGAUGUGUCAAUGGCGGACCUAUUGACGAGUCUGGCUAUUGGUGCUCGUGUGGCAUUAGUGGAAAGUGAGAAAAUGUUGGCUUCACUGCCAUACUGGGCAGAGGAAAUGCUAACCACUACCCUAUCCAUGACCCCAUCGCUGGCCACUCUUCUUGCCCAAAAGCUUCCACCACAAGUAGCCGUCUUGAUCCUAGCGGGAGAGACUUUCGAUCCAAACAUCAUGAAAACCCUUCCCCGUGAAUGCCGUGUUUGGAAUGGAUACGGCCCGACGGAAACUUUCUAUUCAUCGUUUCACCUAGUGGAUGCCGAAGCGACGCAGGUACCGAUAGGAAGGACGUUUGGUGGUAAUCAAAUCUAUAUUCUUCGACCAGGCAGUGACGACCGUCAACCCAUAGGAGCAAUUGGCGAGAUCUGCAUCGGCGGGACCCAGGUUGCCCGCGGAUAUCUUGCACGGGAAGACUUAACAAAUCGGUCAUUUACACGACACCCUUACGAUAGCUCGGCGAUGUUGUACAGAACUGGGGACCUAGGGCGGUUCAUGGAUGGUGGUGUGAUCGAAUAUUUGGGGCGGAUGGACGAGCAAAUCAAGAUCAGGGGGCAGCGAACUGAGCCUGCAGAAAUUGAGUCAGUCGUUCAUGCCGCUUCGCCUCAUAUAUCCCAUGUAAUCGUCGAUCUUUAUAACCUGAAGCGGGGAGGUGGGCUACCGCGUCUGAUUGCCUUCAUAUCAACAAAGGAUACGGUGCCUCCCAGCCUGUGCCAAACGUUCAUCCAAGAUGAUGUAGAGCCAUCUUGUCGAAAUCAUCUUCCAGCUCAUAUGAUCCCAUCGACAUGGAUUUAUGUGCGCACAGUUCCCCUCACAACCAGUGGUAAAGUGGACAAGAGGAGGUUACGCUCGUGGAUGUUGAGAUUGGAAGAAGGGGAAAAGUUGCCGGAGGCAUCGAUCAUAGAGCUUUCUCCGGCGAAGGAAAUGAAGGUAGCGGCACAUAAGAAUAUUUCGCGAGACCCUGAAAGCCCUACUGAGACCACGUUGAGAGAAUCAUGUGCCCAACUAUUAAAGGUUGAUGAAGCCAUGGUUUCAUUAGAAAUGUCUUUCAUAUCAUCCGGAGGCGAUUCGCUGCUGGCAUUGCAGUUGAAUGCUAGGCUGAGGGAAAGGGGAUUUAAAUGCACCCCGCGAGACAUUGUAGAGGCUCGGAGUCUUUCUGAGCUAGCGAAAAUGCUACAGUCAUCAAACGAGACUGGCUCUAUGGUGCCCAUCGCAGACUGGACACUAGAUCUUGACGAGAUGGCACAACUCCCCGACAUCGGAAUUCAGGGCUGGGAGCCGAUAGUGCAACGCGCUGGAAUCAAUUUUAACGACGUGCAAUAUGUCAUGCCAUGUACUCCAUUUCAGGAAGGAGUGCUUUCCAGCAGCGAUGAAAGUGGAAUCUCUGCUGGAUACUUGGUCCAUAUGAAGCUUGGCCUGGGCAGGGGAGUAGACAUAGAAGCGCUCAAAUGUGCCUGGCAGAAAACCAUUGAUGACGAGGAGAUGUUGCGCACUACGUUCAUCUCUGCUGAUACGUCUGAUAUACUACCACCUGGACAGGUCAGCUCACUCCUUCAAGUGGUCCUGUCUCCCAGCUCCACCCAGGCAGUUCGGGUUAAAACAAUGCAAGUGGUCGGAAGUCCUGCGACUCACAAUGCCACUUCUCCAUCUCAUCUAUGUGUACAGGGGAAGGCUCAGCAGGGUCAUAUUCCUGUUGCCGCUGUCGUUGCCAUUGGCAACCAGGACCGCGAGCAAGAUUAUACAUUACUCUUAACGAUUCAUCAUGCAUUAUACCGAUCAAUUGCAAGCAAGCAGAAAGUUCCUGAAGUGAGAGGCCAGCGCAUUCCCUUCUCGACCUAUGUCCGCUUCGUGCACUCUAAGCUAGGUAGGACGCCGUCCGCGUCUACUGUUGGCAAAUUUUGGAAAGGCUAUUUGGCAGACGCGAUGCCUAGUAUAUGGCCUCUUCCACACGGGAUGCAAAGUUCUAUCAUAUCAGUCAAGAGCCCAGAGACAGCAAUGCUAGAAUGGACAGGCAAGCUUCAAGCCGCAGCUUCCAAAGUUCAAAUUUCUGCCGCUGCAAUUGUUCGUGCAGCAUUAGCACUGACUGUUGGUGAACACACCAAUGCUACUGAUGUGGUACUAGGCGAGGUUUCCAUGGGCAGACCUGAUAUUCGCGGCCACGGCGAUGCAACCGCGAGGUUCAUUACAGGACCAUGUGCAACCACCCAUCCAGUUCGGAUUCGAUUAGCCCAGGACGGGGGAUCCAAAAGGCAUACGAUGCUGCGGGUUUUGCGCGAGUCUUUUGUAUCGUACAUGGAAACACUCCCCCACCAGUUUUAUGGGCUCUCACGCAUUAGAGAGCAAUCUAGUCGCAAAGACCUACUUCCGUUUCAAGUUCUCCUUGUCUAUCAAGAUCAGGAUGCUUUUAGCCGGAAGGGAGGACUCAUAGGAGAUGAUGCGUUCCAGGUACAAGGGGGCAACAUGGGGCAGAUGGGCUUCCCCAUUGUUAUUGAAUGUUACCCUCGCAUUGGUGAUUCAGGGGUUGUACUUCACUGCACAUAUGCACCAGACGUGAUCGACAAGCAUAGCAUUGAAUGGUUCCUUCAUCAUGUAUCUCAAUCAAUCGAUGCACUCACACAAGUGGACCCGACCGGGAGCGACAGUAUGAGGUUGGCACGAGUCCCUCUCAGUGCCCAAGAGACUAAGCAACUUGAGCUGUGGAGCCGAUGUCAUAAAGCAAAAGAGGAAAGGCAAACUGAUGAUACUCCUCCCAGGGAGAUAUCCUCCAUCACACACAUCUUCGAUGAUAUUGCGAGUAUUAUGCACGAAAAGGUUGCCUUGCAAUUUGCCCAAAAUGAAUACAUUACUUACGGUGAACUGCUGCAGCGGAGCACAACCCUUUCCCUGGCGCUACAAAGGUACUUGGUCUCAUUGAACGACGUCAGUUCACAACAGCCGAUUAUUCCAAUCUACUUCGAGCGCAGCACGGAUAUGGUUGUCGCAAUCUUGGCAAUCCUUAAGGCAGGUGCUGCAUUUGUACCUCUUGAGCGCGAUUACCCAGCAGGGCGACUUAUCAGUACAGUGAAAGCCAUCGGCGCUUCGCUCAUUAUUUGUGGGAAGACAGACAAAGUCAACAAGACCCUGGUUUCUGUGUCCCAUGCAACGAACACCAGCCUCGUUGCCAUUGAGGAUCUCAAACCUAGAACAAUCUCCUCGAGUUAUGCAGCAAUCUCACCGCGUUGCAUCGAUGACUCUCACAUUGCCUAUGUGCUGUUUACCUCGGGCUCGACGGGAAACCCUAAAGGCGUGGUAAUCACCCAUCGCAACCUGCUUGCCUUCAUGAAACAUAACCACCCAGAUAUCCAUGGACGGUGGUAUACCUCUCGGAUGCCCGUGGCCUCAUACACGUUCGAUGUUUCCAUGGCAGAUAUCAUUACGACUCUUUGUUACGGCGGUAGGGUAGUUCUCGUUCCGGUACAAAAGCUACUCCCAUCACUAGGCGACUGGGUUGAAUCUUCCAUGACCUCUCAUAUCUCUCUAACUCCAACAAUCGCAAAUAUGCUCUGGGAGCCUGUCAAGAACACUGCGAUAGCAUUUCCGUUCCUCAGCGUUUUAUUGUUGGCUGGUGAAGUAUUCGAUGUACAGCUUAUGACUUAUGUCCCGGAGGAGUGCCGAGUCUGGAAUGGAUAUGGUCCAACUGAAACCUUCUACGUGACGUUCUAUCGUGUUCCGAAAGUACAUACCAAGGAGCAAGGCCCAGUAUCCAUUGGCUAUCCCUUCGGAGAGAAUGGAAUUCACCUCUUACGUUUUGAAUCUUAUGACCGUGUACCAGUUGGGUGUAUUGGGGAGAUUUGUGUAACGGGGCCACAAGUAGCGAGGGGAUAUCUUGGUCAGCCAGAGCUAACACAGCAACAUUUCGCCCGUGAUGUGCCAGGUCUCGCAGCAGAGGGCCCCCUGUAUCGGACAGGCGAUAUGGGAAGGUUCCUACCCGAUGGGAGAUUAGAGUAUCUGGGUCGAUUCGAUCGCCAGAUCAAGAUACAUGGUCAACGUGUGGAGCUUAUAGAGAUUGAGAUGGUGAUAUCACAGCAUAUUUUGGUUGAUUGUUGUGCGGUCGUGAUGGUGAACAGUCCCACUGGAGAUGCCUUGGUUGGAUGGUAUGUGAUGGCUUCUGACCAAGCCCCCGGCAAUGUGUCCGACGCAAAUAUUGCCAUUCAAAUCAAAGCGUGGAUUGCUAGCCGACUGCCUGCUCAUAUGGUGCCCUCCUAUAUGUUCCCCUUGGAGGGGGAGCUCCCUCGCGUCCGCAGUGGAAAAGUAGAUCGCCAACUGUUGGCUGAGAGAGCCACAGGUCUCUUGACAGACUCUGUGUUGUCUAGUCAACACCAGGACACCUAUGUUGCACCUACGACGGAGAGAGAGAAGGUAAUCUGUGAGAUCUUCGAGGAAGCACUGGCCCAGCGCGUAGGUGUGUUGGACAAUUUCGUCCACCUUGGUGGGCACUCCAUCCUCGCCAUCCGAGCGGUAUCCAAGAUCAACCGUCGCUUCCACGUCAACCUUGCCUUCAAAGAUCUGUUUGAGUUUGCGACCGCCCGGGAUUUGGCACGACGACUCGAGUCAGCGACUACGAACCACAAGGGGUACACUCCCAUCCCCAGACUCCCUCGGGAUAACACAAUGAUCAGGCAGUCAUUCGCCCAGGGCCGACUCUGGUUUCUAGAUCAGCUGUAUCCUGGGUCGGCUUGGUAUCUGAUGCCUCUUGGCCUUCGGAUCCGGGGAGAGCUCCGUCUCGAUGCUUUAGAAGCGGCCGUGUCUGCAAUCGAGGAGAGGCAUGAAACACUGCGGACGACCUUCGAACAUCAUGAUGGACAAAACAUCCAAGUCGUCCAUCCAUUCGCACAUCGCCAGCUGAGGGUUGUUGAGAUGCCGUCUGCAGUGGACGAAGAAGGUCUGCUUCGCGCCCUAAAGGAGGAGCAAUCUACCCCGUUUGAUCUCCGAGUACAUCCAGGAUGGAGACCGCUGGUUUUUCGCCAGAAUAAGACGUCACAUAUUCUAUCGAUUGUUAUCCAUCACAUUAUUUGCGAUGGUUGGUCCGCCGGCGUACUCUUGAAAGAAUUGAGUGUUUUCUAUUCCGCGGCACUCCACGGUGGCCCUAUCCAUGCGCAGCUGCCACCGCUACCCAUACAAUACCGCGACUUCUCGGAUUGGGAGAGUCAAGAGAGCCAAAGGGUAGAGCAUGAGCGCCAGCUAAAGUAUUGGAUUGAAAAGCUCACAGGGAGUAAACCGGCCGAGUUCAUCGGUGACAAGCGAAGGCCUCAGACACCAUCUGGGCAAGCAAUCUUCGAGGAAGUUAAUAUUGACGGUGUGAUGUACGAUGAAUUACGCCAAUUCUGUAAGAAACAUCAACUAACACCCUUCAUUGUUCUACUGGCUGUCUUCAGAGCCACCCACUACCGGCUUACCAGAGAAGACGAUGCAACUAUCGGUACCCCAAUUGCCAACCGAGGCCGGGAAGAACUCCACGACUUGAUUGGACUCUUCGUCAACGUGCAGUGCAUCAGGCUCAAGAUCGAUGAUGAUUAUACCACGUUUGAAGACCUUGUGAAGCAGGCCAAGUCGACUGCUACUGAGGCCUUUUCCCACCAGGAUAUUCCUUUCGACCAGAUUGUGUCUGCUCUGCAACCCGACAGAGAAACAACUCAGAAUCCCUUGGUCCACACAGUGUUUGCCGUUCACCCGCAAACACAAGGGAAAGAGGAGUUGGAGGGGCUUGUUACAGAGCAGGUCCUUCUGUCACGUACCACUCGAUUUGAUCUCGAAUUUCACCUGUUCCAGGAAGAGGAUGGUUUGAGGGGUCAGGUUGUGUUUGCUCAGGAUAUAUUUUUCCCGGAAACCGUCCAAGCGAUGAUCUCCGUAUUUUACGCCGUUCUUCAAUCUGGGUUGAACCAACCAAGCACGAGAGUUGCUUCGCUCGCCUUGCUCAAUGACCUCUCUCCGCAUGAUAUGGGUGAUCUGCUGAGCAUAAACCGGACGGACUAUCCACGGGAUGCGACUGUAGUUGAUCUAUUUCGUCAGGAAGCACGAUCCCACCCACACAGCAUUGCAGUCGUGCAUGAAGGAAAGGCAGUCACAUAUGGUGACCUUGACCGUCAGUCGGAUAAUCUUGAAUGGUGGCUACGCAGCCUCCAUCUUGGCCAGGAGACGAUCGUCGGGGUGCUCGCUGCGCGAUCCGCGGAAGCAAUCGUCGUCUUUUUAGGAAUCAUGAAGGCAGGUCUUGCAUACCUACCACUGGAUGCCUCUACCCCACAGAGUCGGAUUUACAAUACACUGUCGUGUGUAAGUGAAAGGAUAACAGUCAUUGUAGUGGAUGGAGCUCAGGUGGCUGUUCCCGAUAUAAAUUUGGCUCACGUCGAGUUUGUUACUUUCUCCAGCAUUUUGGAUCGCCAGCUAUAUAGUGCGUCAGAUGAUCAGGCGUUUGAAAGCCAAUCCACAAUAUCCGCUACUAGUUUGGCUUGUGUCCUCUUCACUUCAGGAUCGACUGGGAGGCCUAAGGGAGUCAUGACCGAGCACCGUGCGAUUGUACGACUGGCCAAGGACUUCAACUUCGUCAAAGCCGCAGGCAAGCCUCUAGCUCAUAUGGCCAGUCUGUCAUUUGAUGUGUCCACCUGGGAAAUCUUUAUGCCUCUCCUCAGCGGUGGUGUCGUGGUUUGUGUUGAUGCAAUGACAGUACUGGACUAUAAGGCUCUGGGCGAUGUAUAUGUCCGCCACCACGUACGUGCUGCCAUGUUCACUCCUGCAUUAUUCAACCAGUGUCUGCAUGAUACCCCUUCCAUUGUCAAGAACUUGGAUCUCUUAAUUCUAGGCGGAGAUUGUCUUGAUCCUGAGGAUGUCUUCCAGGCAAAGAAAUUGACACAGGGCCUCAUCUUAAACGGGUACGGCCCCACCGAGAACACCGGGGCAAGUACUAUGUACCCGAUUCCAGAUGAGGAGGCAUGCGUAAAUGGUGUGCCUAUUGGGAAGCCAAUAGGUAACUCUGGGGCAUAUGUUAUGGAUGAUUCACUCAACAUCGUCCCGAAAGGUGUGAUUGGGGAGCUUGUUGUCGCCGGGGAUGGACUAGCAAGGGGAUAUACAGAUCACGAGAAGAAUCAAGAUCGUUUUGUACACGUGGUUAUCGGUCAGGAAACAUUUAGGGCAUAUCGGACCGGUGAUUAUGCCCGAUGGAGACCGAUUGAUGGGCAAUUGGAGUAUUUUGGCCGUCGGGACGACCAGGUCAAAAUUCGUGGCCAUCGGGUGGAAAUGGGGGAAAUCGAACACACAUUCCUCUCCCACAGUGCAGUACGCAGUGCUGCUGUUGUUAUGAAUGGCGUAGGAGCGGAGGCUGACCUCGCAGCGUUCGUAACAUUGCAUCCGCUUGAUGAUGAUGUGACCGAGACGGAGCGGGUGGAUGCAUGGAAGACUAUAUUUGAUACAACGGCGUAUGACAGCUUCACACAGCAACCCAACCGACUGGGGCGAGAUUUUGUUGGAUGGCUCUCUAUGUAUGACGGAUGCAAUAUUGAUAUUGCAGAGAUGCACGAAUGGCUAGAUGAUACCAUUAUAACCUUGUUGAAUGGGCAAGACCCUGGAAAGGUUUUGGAAAUUGGCACGGGGUCUGGAAUGGUCCUCUUUAACAUUACGAAAGGGCUGCAAGAGUACGUUGGCAUUGAGCUGGUGCCAAAGCUCGCUCGUAUGGUGGAACAAAUUGCCAACACCGAUGAGAGAUUGGCAGGGAGAGUGAAGGUCCAUCCAGGCGUGGCUGACCGUAUUGAGGAUUUCAUUUCUGACUUCAUCCCCGACCUGGUCAUUGUCAAUUCCGUUGCACAAUACUUUCCCAGUGCAGUCUAUCUCUCGGAGAUUAUUCACAAGCUUAUUCGCUUGCAGGGUGUGAAGACAUUAUUCUUUGGCGACAUCCGCUCUUACCCUCUGUAUGAGGAGUUCCUGGUCUCGAAGGCCUUACACAACGGCGGUGCAAAAGCCACACAGGAUCAGGUCCGACAAUGUAUCGUGGAAUCCAAAGCAGUCGAGACCGAGUUGCUUGUGGAUCCUGCAUUCUUUACUUCCUUGGUCAAUCAAUUCCCGGAUCGAGUGGAGCACGUCGAGAUCCUCCCCAAGCUGAUGAGUGCCACAAACGAACUCAGCAGCUACCGCUACUCUGCCGUUGUUCACCUUAAGCAUGCUAUACUAUCACCGCGCAUCGCCCACCAGGUUGAAAAGACCGACUGGAUUGACUAUACAGCGCGAUCGCUCGAUCCCCGACGCUUGUUGGAGCACCUUCGAAGUUCGCAUGACAGCACUAUAAUAGCAGUGGAGAAUAUACCAAAUCGCAGAACGAUCCUCGAAAGUUACAUCGUGGACUUCCUCAAAGAAGGGGUUCAUUCUUCCUCCAUAGACACUGAGAUUCACUGGCAGGCCCGCCACCGCAACCGCGCAGCGCAAAGCUCGGCCAUGUUCCCAAGAGAUCUGGUCGCCAUCGCAAACCAGGCAGGGUUCCAGGUUGACGUUAGCUGGGCUAGACAAAGUUCGCAGCACGGUGCAUUCGAUGCAAUCUUCCAUCGACUAGGGCCAAAUUAUGGACAACAGCGGUUGUUGUUCAACUUCCCCGUCGAUCAUGAGUGUCGGGACGUAAAUUCCUUCACAAACAAUCCAGUCCAAAGUCAACAGCAUCAACAAUGUAUAUAUGAGCUCCAAGAGUCGUUGCGCGCGCAGCUUCCAGCCUACAUGAUUCCCCGCACCAUUACAGUCAUCGAUCGGCUCCCCCUGACAGAUCGUGGUAAGGUCGACCGCCAGGCCCUUCGCCGGAGAAUCAUAGAACAACAACCAGUGGCUAUUGAACCGCAGUCGAGUGCAGGCAGGGUAACUGUGGAAUACGGCAAUGAAACAGAACGAAUCAUUUGCGAGGCUUUUGCUGAGGUAUUAGGCUUGCAAUCAGUUGACAGAGAAAGCAGCUUUUUUAGCCUUGGAGGCCAUUCUCUGUUGGCUCCCCGCCUGGUGUCUCGAAUGUCUAAACGCCUGGAGUGUACCUUUACCAUUAGAGACCUGUUCGACUGUCCAACACCUGCCAGAUUGGCCAGCCAGCUACUAUCGAAACAAUCGGAUAGGAACGUGGAAGCCAACCUUCCUAUUCAUGGUGAGGCAAGACCCUUUACGUUGGACAAGGUGAAGCAUCACGAUGCUCUUCGCGACUGGGGUAUUCAGUCAAGCGAUGUGAGCCACGUGAUGCCUUGCACUCCGUUCCAAGAGGGGCUUUUAUCCAACUCUCUAGCUGUGCCAGGAGAAUCCAGCUAUCUGACUGUCGUACGGCUAGGACUGCAGUCGCAACUUGAUGUGAACGCAAUACGGCUCGCAUGGCAGAAAGUGGUUGAACGCGAAGAAACAAUCCGCACAGCUUUCAUUCCGGUUGCUGGGGAUCUCUCUUCAUCAGGCAUUACCUCCAGCACGUUUUGGCAAUGCAUUUUCAAGGUCAACUCCCGCGAGGUUCGGCGGCUUUUGUCUAUUGAGGGGCGAAAUAGCGACGUGGACCGCUCUGUUUUAGGUUUUGGUCAUAUCCCAGUCUCGCUCGCAUUGGUAGACAAAGCAGACAUGUGCAAAGAAACGAAGAGUGGCUCAACUCAACUUGAAUUCACUAUACAUCACGCUCUAUAUGACGAGGCAUAUUUCCAAUGGAUUGUUCGCGAAGUCUCCCGGGAGUAUCACAAAGCCCGGUCCGCCAAAGACGAAGUUCCUCAUGGGGCUACUGACACAUCUGUGAACAGGAUCCCCUUUAGCUUAUUCGUUUCCCAGCUGCAAGCAAUGCCAAGAGAGAAUGUAGCGUCAUUCUGGAAGAGCUAUCUAAGGGGAGCCCCUGCCGCUUGCUGGCCGGUUGCGAGAGGAUUGGAAAGUGGCCGGAUAACAGAAAUAGACGAGUUCUCCAGUCGGUCUUUGACAUGGGAGGGGAACAUGCAUAAUGUAGCUGGAGCAAGAGGUGCCACCCCUGCCGCGAUCUCUAGGGCUGCAGUGGCUCUAGUCGUUGCAGAACAUAGUGGCGUUGAAGACAUUGUCCUUGGAGAGGUUUCUAGUGGACGACACAUCACUGAUGGCGCUACUGGGAUCGUAGCCGGACCUUGUAUCUCAACACACCCCAUCAGGAUACGCAUGCAAAAGAGGCAAGGGUCGGGAAGCAGUUACCAGAGGCUGUCGUUUGACGAAUUGGUAAAACACUCAAUGGAUUCCUAUUUGGAGACGGUGCCCUACCACCAGCUAGGUUUGCCCAGUAUCCGACGGCAGUCGCAUGUCCCGGAUCUUCUGCCGUUUCAGGUGCUAUUUGUUUAUCAGCAGGCGUUCAAUUUUGAAAUGGACUCUCGAGGAGAAACUUCACAUAACUUCAAGGUCCAAGGGGGGCAGCUUGGUCGGUUUGAAUUUCCUGUCGUGCUACAAGCAUCAUGCCAUCCAGUCACGGGCCAUCUCACCCUCCAUUGCAUGUUUGAUCCAACAGUUCUAAUUCCAGAGGAUAUUGAGUGGUUCCUCAAACACAUAUCACAGGUUCUGAGCUCCAUAGCUAACAGUCCCCCUCAACUCAAUGCCAGGUUAACUAUUGGUGGCACUGAAGAGGCAGCGCUAACAAAGCUCGCCUGCGCGAGAGACCAAACCCCAGGGCUACCGCUGGAUACUGAUAGCGAGUCUCUAUGCGCUCAUGAUCUGAUUUCGCGACAGGCCGUGGAGACUCCUUGCAAGAUAGCUGUGCAGUAUGAAACCUCCCAGUUCAUGACGUACGGAGAACUCGACAGGGAGAGCACCAAGCUAUCAAUCGUGAUCCGCACGUUUUUCAAUCAUCUUAAACCCGACUGUCAUGAACAACCCUUAGUUCCAAUUUCCUUCGAUAAAGGGGUUGACAUGAUAGUGGCUAUGCUGGCGGUUCUAAAGGCUGGGGCUGCUUAUAUUCCACUUGACGUUUCUCAUUCAGAGCAACGUUUGAGAAUGAUCUGUCAAUCCGCGCAGGCCAAGCUUAUCCUUUGUGACGGCCAACAAGGAGUUGGCAAGCUGCAUGCCAUUGGACACUCUUCAGGCGCCACCGUCUCGACCCUGAACGAACUUUCUAGUGCAGUGGACGGUUGGGGAAGCACCCCCCGAUGUGGGAGAAAGCCCACUCCAUCAUCCCUAGCCUAUAUUAUCUACACUUCUGGCUCCACGGGCGUGCCUAAAGGCGUGAUGGUCAAUCACGCAAAUUUGGUAUCCUUCAUGCAAUCCGCAACAAGUGAGAUAUCCAUGUCCUGGACUGUGAAUAGACUUCAGAUCGCUUCAUACGCAUUCGAUAUGUCUGUCAGCGAUAUCUUCCCCGUAUUUGCCGUAGGGGGGCGCGUCUUACUCGCCCGACAACAGUCACUCUGGAGUGAUCUCGCUGGGUGGGUGGAUGCCUUUGCGGUAAAUCAACUUAUGACCACACCCACGUUGGCAGAUAUGAUGCUUUCCAGUGCAUCGACGGACGGGUUCCUGUUAGCGCACUUGCGUAAUGUGAUAGUGGCAGGUGAAGCAGUCAAGAGUGAUAUUCUGGAUAAAGCACCAACAGAGAUGACAUUCUGGCUACAGUACGGUCCAACUGAAGCGACUGUUGUUGUGACGGGUUGUAUGCUUCGAGGACCCACAUACAACCAACCUAUUCCGCAUUCCCAAAUUACCACGAUCGGAUUUCCUCUCCAUGGCUGUCGUAUUUACAUCCUACAGCCUGGUACGUCCAACCGAGUCCCCAUUGGAGUAUCGGGUGAAUUAUGCAUCAGUGGACCGCAGGUGACGAUGGGAUAUCGGGGUGGUGACGAUGCUUCCGCAAGCUCAUUUGUGCCAGACCCCUUCUGGACCGGGCAGACGAUGUAUAGGUCCCGCGACAUUGCCAAACUCCACGGAGAUGGUAUGAUUGAGUGGGUUGGGCGGAUGGAUUCUCAGGUCAAACUACGAGGCCUACGUAUUGACUUGGGCGAGAUUGAGUCCGCAGCCAGGCAGCUCAACGGUGUCCACUCGUGCGCCGUUGUCAAGCUGGACCUGGAAGACAAGGAAACCUUGCUUGCAUUCAUCGAGGUAUCAAAUUCUCAGCAAACAAACAUUAACCCUGUCACCGUCCAGCAACAUAUCGCACAAUAUGUCCCUGCCUACAUGGUACCUGCGCACGUUCAGCUCCUCGACACAUCACUUCCUCGCACAGCCUCUGAUAAGCUGGAUCGAAAGGGAAUACAUGUACUAGCGCAAAAGCUUGUGGAUAACGGAGGCUUACUGUCCUUCUGCACCAGCCAGAUAGCAUUGGCUAAUCUCCGCCCAUCCCCGGGUACUCUAGAGGCAACACUUGUGUCAUACUGGGCUACUAUUUUAGGUGUCGACCAGGAGAUCAUUGCUCUGGAAACGCCUUUCUCUCACUUAGGGGGGGAUUCCAUACGCGCCAUCAGUCUACUCGCGCUACUACGACGUAACAAUUUCCAGCUCAAUUUGACCGAUUUGGGCUCCUUUUCGACCAUUCGAUCCCAAGCAUCCAGAAUCCUCUGUAACGUACGACCGCAAAAGCUUCCUGCUUACAUGCAGUUGACAGAGCGCAGCACCAGUCGGGCGAUGAUGGUUUUGGUGCAUCCCUUCUUUGGUCAGUCGACUGUGUUUGAUCAUGUGGUGCCGGCUCUAAGCAAGCAGUAUGAUAUUGUGCAAGUCUCUGAUCCUUUCUUUGGAAAGCCUGAUGGGCCCGCAUCCCUACACGACUGGGCCGCACAUUAUUUGGAAGCGCUUCACGCCCACCUAAAAGAUGACCGACCCAUCGCUUUGGUUGGGUACUCUUUUGGCGGCCUGCUGGUACUGGAAAUGGCUCGAUUAUUGGAGAUAACAAGGAAAAAAUCACCGUUUUCUACAGUCAUUGUUGACACGCGUUGUUACAAUCCAGACGAGCCGUUCUUCAAGGACGAGGAAGAGAGACAAACAACUGCUGAUGAUGCCGUUCGCCUCUUUGGCGCCGGCCAAAGAGGGAUGAUCGAGGAACACUUUGAUAAGCAUACCCAUAUAUGGGAAAAUUCCACAUGCCCGGACAAGUACCUCGGCCGUUCACUCUACUUAGCCACUCCGGAGGCCGUUGAGUCAGGUAUUGUAGACUGGUGGCGGAGCCAGUGUCCGCACAUUAAGGUUCAACAAGUGGAAUGCUCGCACGGAGACAUUUUCGAACCUGAGAUGACUGGACGCGUCAGUGCGUUGAUCAAUGAGCAUUGCGAUCUGGAUAUCACGCGCAAUGAGCCUUAG